AUGACGACACUCGUCGCUCCUUAUAUGCGUACAUCAACUUAUCGUACACCUUUUGACGCUGUAUGCUUAUUUUGGGUAAAACUAAAAACAAAUCUUUCGUUUCGACAAAUAGGAACUUUAUUUAAAAUAACAACAUCAGAAGAUAAUAUUCGACGUCCUGUUGAAGACACAUUGCACGCAGUGACUACGUAUCUUAAUAAUACCAUCGUUUCGAAUAAUCUGGGCGUAGCACAUCUAACUCGUAUUGAAGCACUCGCUCAUCAUACGUCUUACUCAGGAAUCUUUUUCGGCGAUCAACUUUCUAUGGUAUGGGAUGAUACGUAUGUUUAUUGUUAUAAGUCAAAUGAUCAUGUUUUACAACGUGAAUGUUAUUCUGGACACAAGUCAAGUCAUUUAGUAAAAAUGAUGAGUCUUGUACUUCCUGAUGGUUAUGUACUCGAUUUAAUCGGAUCACUUUCUGGUAAAAGCAAUGAUUCUACUAUUACUAAAGAAAUUUUAAGCAUCUGUGCCAAUUUACAACACCUCUGCCAGGCUGGUGAUGUGCAAAUCGUUGACCGUGGCUUUCGAGUUGUGGCCGAAGAAUUCGAAACUCUUGGUUAUGACGUGAAGAUCCCUGGUCUAUUAGGAAAAAACGAUAAACAACUCAAUACAACAGAUGCCAAUGAAUCUCGACUCGUUACUAAAUGUAGAUGGGUAGUAGAAUCGUUUCAUGCUCGUUUUAAAAAAUGGCGUUUCUUUUCUGAACAAAUCGAUCAGUCAUUUCUUCUUAAUAUUGGUAAGUUAACACGUAUUGUAGCUGCUUGUCUUAAUAAAUAUCGUUCAUUAAUUCAUGACGCAAACUCCGAUGAACAUAAAUAUAUGGCACAGCGAUGGUCAAUUUGCUCAAUCGACGAAGCGAACUCGAAAGGACCGUGA